AUGUCUCUGAUGUUAUCAACACAACUACUGAAGAGCGUACUGGUACUGCAAAAAGGAGUUUCCAACAACCCUUUGACUUUGAUUGUGAAGAAGAACAAUGUGCCUGAUUUAACUAUGAUGGAUCUUCCAAGAAUUACUCGUGUACUUGUUCAUGGUCAGCCAUAUAAUAUCUAUGAUCAAAUCAAGGAUAUCAUCAUGGAGUAUAUAACUCCUGAAGAAAGCAUUAUGUUGAAUGUUCUUUCGGUUAUUGUUGAUUUCACAACAUGUGAGUCCAUUAAGAUGUCUCAUUCUGUUGAUAAAACGGGAUUGAGAACUUUGGUUGUCGUUACAAAAGCUGACAGGUCUCCUGAAGGUUUGUUGGAGAAGGUUAAAGUUGACGAUGUUAACACAAGCCUUGGUUAUAUUUGUGUAAGGAAUCGAAUUGGCGAUGAAUCUUACGAAGAAGCUAGAAAUGAAGAGCAUAAGCUUUUUGAGUCUCAUUCGCUCCUUUCUAAAAUAGACAAGUGUAUUGUUGGAUUUCUUGCCCUGGCACAAAAACUUGUUCAUGUCCAAGCUAUGAUUAUAUCAAAAACAUUGUCGGAGAUUACAAAGAAGAUUAAUGAGAAGCUUAAUAAUAAUUUAAAGGAGUUGGAAAAUUUGCCUGCCAAUCUGUCAUCUUUGACAGAUGCUAUGUCUAUUUUUAUGCAAAUUGUUGCUCUUUCUAGAGAUUCUCUUAGAAAUAUUCUUCUGAUUUGA